AGUUCCUUUUACAAUUGUAAACAAACUCGAUUAAGAAUCGCUCUUAAAAAGAUAAUGCCGCAAUAUCAGCGCUGCGGAGAUAUAGUGUGGAUAUGCAAGAAGCGGACGCGCACCUUUGCUUUCCAGUGCAUCUUUUGCCAGGACAGCAGGACGACCACAUUCAAGGACUUUAAGUUGCACCUGGAGAGACAGCACUCGGCGCUUUUCCAGGGCGAAGAAAAUGAGGACAUAAAGCCCGUUUUGGAAAAUGAAAUACUUGACAACAGAGAUCAGGAGGCUGUCCCCACAGCCAAGGAAGAGGAUCCUUUGGCAUCACAGGUCGAAGAACAGAUUAAAAUGGAGGAAUUUUUGUCAGAAGACGAUGCGCAGGAAUUCCAAGGGGACCAUGAGGAGGACACCCUGCUGGAAUGCUUAGAGAGCGAUUGCGACAGCAUCGAGUCGCUGCAGGCUAGCAAAGAAGUGCAAACUCCACCUACAAUCACGGACUUAUCGCCGUUUUGGUUGCUGGAGCACCCCAUAAUGCUGGCCUUCAUCGCACAGCUGGAGCAGCAGCCUCUGCUCUGGGACUUGGGCAUGGAGGGCUAUCGGAACUACAGGCAACGCAGCAAGGCCUACGAGAAGAUCGCUGGUGGACUAUUGGAUCAAUUUGGACUAAAGCUAACAGAGCAAGAUAUAGCCUCAUAUACCAAUCAACUGAAAUAUGUAUAUAAUAAGGAAAAGCUACGCCUGGAGCAGAUUACAGAUCCACCAGCUACCCCAACGUGGUAUUACCAGCGGCUUCACUUUCUGGUUAAGAGCCUGGGAGGACAGGGGCAACCUCUUGGGUUGCAUCAUGCCCAGAACCUGAAGCUCAUCGAGCUGUACCGCCAGUGCCGCGCGAACUGGGACAUGCAGGACAUGUCCUGCCGACUGAAUCAAGUCCGUCGGGCAGCCAAGGACCGCCUGCUGGAGCUGUGUCGCUCUGAACUGCAUAUUCCGCUAGAUCCCUCGCAGCUGCAGGCUUUUGUUCGGCGCCUGAGGUCCACGUAUCGUCAGGAAAAGGCUCGCCAACUUAAGAGUGAAUGUGAGGGCAAGGAGUUCUGCUCCCGUUCCCGCUACUACGAGAAAUUGAAGUUUUUAGAACAACACAUGGCGCCGUUUCGGUGCGAUUUGUGCCACAAGUUGAUAAACAGCGUGGAUCUCUACAAGAUUCAUCGGGCCAAACACGAUGGCAGCCACCCCUUUGUAUGUCCAACAUGUGGUAAGGGCUUUUACAAGGUUGGUGAUUGCACCAAUCACUUCCGGAGGCACAAUCCGGACUACCAUUUAAGCUGUGAGGAGUGCGGCAGGCUAUUCGCCAAUACCGCGGAUGUUACAAACCAUCGGCGGACGCAUACCGGCGAACGUCCCUAUUGCUGUCACAUCUGCGGCAGGCGCUUUCUAGCAAGCACCUGUUUGAAGAGGCACAAGCUACGGCAUGAGCAGCGUCGGGUGGCCAAGUGCCACAUCUGCGACAAGGGCUUUUACACGCGAAGCGAGCUGCGGGACCACAUCAAUGCGCAUCUGAACGUGCGCAAUAAGGAGUGCGAUGUGUGCCACAAGCGAUUUACCAGCGCCAGGUACCUGAGGCGCCACAAGGAGAUCCACGCAGAGCACAAACGGUAUUUGUGCAAGACCUGCGGGAGGAGAUUUGCCCAGGAUAAAUCACGGAAAGCACACAUGAAGACCUGUCGCGUCUUAAUUAAGAUAACUAAGGAGGAAGAGGAGGUCCCUCAAUAAUCCUCAUCGGAACUAGGAACAGGGAGCCUUUUACUAUUAGUUAUAUCAAUAAUCAAUAUUUAAAUACUUAAAAA